UUGGUUCGACGUAGAGAGCCAAAUUUUAAACUAGGCGGAACGAGAAAAGAAGCCCAAGUAAAGAGCCCAAUCCACGAAAAAAACGCGGGAAAGCGUACAGUAAUACUAAUAGAGAGUGAAUCCAGAGGGAAAGAAAGAAAAAAAGAGCAAUAAUUAUCAAAGAAAUGGAACAAGAAUCUGCGAAAUUCCCAGGAUUUCCAUAUGAACAGCCAUACUCAAUACAAAUUGAUUUCAUGAACGCACUCUAUACUUGUCUCGAUAAUGGUGGCGUCUCAAUGCUCGAGAGCCCCACUGGGACUGGAAAAACCUUGAGUAUAAUUUGUAGUGCUCUGCAGUGGCUUGUUGAUAGGAAGGAGAAUGAAAGAAUGGGAGUUUCGGUUGAUUUGAAUAGUAAUAGUAAUCGAAUAGGGAAUGAGCAAUGUGGUUCAGAUGAUGAGCCUGAUUGGAUGAAGAAUUUUGUGGUUAACAAGGACGACGAGGCAGUCGAGAAGAAAGCUAAGAAAGAAAGUAGAUCAGGGUUUAGGUCCAAGAAAGUUGAGAAGAGUAGAAAAGUUGCUAACUUCACGGAGAUUAAAGGUUACAAGAGGGAUGAUGGGAAUGUUUCUAGUUUAGGGAAGAAGGGGGGAAAGGCGAGGGCUGAGGAAGUUGAGUUGGGGGAUGAGGAGUUUUUGCUUGAAGAAUAUGAGAGUGGAGAGGAAGGAAUUGGGAUUUCAAAGCGGAAGGCUGGAGAUGUUUUGAUUAGUUCAUCGAGUGAGGAGGAUGGAGACGAAGAUGAAACAGAUGAUGAAGAAGCAAAAGCUGCGAUAAAGAUAUACUUUUGUAGUCGGACACAUUCACAGUUAUCGCAGUUUGUCAAGGAGUUACGGAAGACGGUUUUUGCAAGUACAUUAAAUGUCGUUAACUUGGGUUCUAGGAAGAAUUUAUGUAUAAAUGAAGAGGUUUUAAAGCUCGGGAAUCCUGGUCAGAUUAAUGAGAGAUGUUUGGAACUUCAAAAGAACAAGAAAGGAGAUGUUUCCAAAAGGAAGAAUUUAGGCACUGAUGGAAGAGUAAGACGGACUACAGCGUCUUGCAAAUGCCCUAUGCUUAAAAAACGUAAGCAAACAAAUAUCAAGAGAGAGAUAAAGGAGCAGGACCCUUUGGAUAUUGAAGACCUUGUUCACCUUGGAACGAAAUUGGGAGCCUGCCCGUAUUAUGGCUCUCGCAGCAUGGUUCCUGGAGCUGAUCUGGUUAUUCUUCCCUAUCAGUCCCUUCUUUCAAAAUCAUCACGAGAGUCACUUGGCUUAGAUUUGAAGAAUAAUAUUGUUAUUAUAGACGAGGCACAUAAUCUAGCUGAUUCUCUCAUCAGCAUGUAUGAUUCAAGAGUCACUUCAUAUCAGCUGGAGCAUGUUCUUUCCCAUUUAGAGAUGUACAUGCAACGAUUUUGCAAUAUGUUGGGACCAGGCAACCGAAGAUAUAUUCAAAUCAUGAUUGUUCUUGCUCGAGCUUUUCUACAAACUUUAUGCACAAACUCUGCAAGCGACAUUGAUACAUUGUCUUCAGAGGAUUCUUCUGGUUCAACUACAUUAGAUUCGUCUAUGGCCAUUAACGAGUUCUUAUUUUCUCUCAAUAUUGACAAUAUAAACUUAGUUAAGCUGUUAGAGUAUAUAAACGAAAGCAAUAUAAUUCACAAGGUCAGUGGGUAUGGAGACAAAGCAAGCUCACAAAAAGGUUCAGCACUAAAAGCUGAUGGAGAAACUGCCGAACAGGGUAGCACUUUAUCCUGCUUUCGAGCAUUUGAUGGCAUGUUGCUUGCACUGACAAAUAACAAUGGUGAUGGUAGGAUAAUAAUUUCCAGGGCAAGAUCAACUUGCUCCGAGAAACAAGGAGGAUAUCUUAAAUAUGUAAUGCUCACUGGGGAAAAGAUUUUUUCGGAGAUUGCGGAUCAAGCACAUGCUGUGAUAAUGGCUGGUGGAACUCUACAACCUGUAGAAGAAACAAGGGAGAGACUUUUUCCAUCUUUGCCACAAGACCGAUUCCAUUUCUUUUCAUGUGGGCACAUAGUCCCUUCUGAAAAUAUUUUACCAAUUGCUGUUUCACGAGGUCCUUCUGGACAGUCCUUUGAUUUCAGCUACAGCUGUAGAGGAUCAUCAGUUAUGGUUGAGGAGCUUGGCCUUUUGCUUUGCAACUUGGUAUCAGUGAUCCCUGAAGGAAUUGUAGUCUUCUUUUCAUCAUUCGAUUAUGAAGGACAGGUGUAUGAUGCAUGGAAAGCUUCUGGCAUCCUAACAAGGAUUAUAAAGAAGAAACGUUUGUUUAGAGAACCUAGAAAAAGCACAGAUGUGGAAACUGUGCUUAAGGAGUAUAAAGAGACAAUUGAGGCUGUAACUAGUGGAAAUAUAAAAGAUGAUUUAAAAUCUUACACUGGUGCAAUUUUACUUGCUGUUGUUGGUGGUAAGAUAUCAGAAGGUAUUAAUUUUAGUGAUGGUAUGGGACGAUGCAUAGUUAUGGUUGGACUUCCGUACCCAAGUCCAUCAGAUGUUGAGCUUAUAGAGAGGAUUAAGCACAUUGAAGGACUUGGAGACACGACAUCAAAUCGAUCUUCCAAUUAUUCUGCUGAUGCCAAAUACUGUAAUGGGAAUGUUCAAACCGGGUUUGAUAUUCUACGAAGUUGCAAACGCAGAGGGAGAGAGUAUUAUGAUAAUCUUUGCAUGAAAGCUGUAAAUCAAUCAAUUGGGAGAGCAAUUCGGCACAGAAAUGAUUAUGCAGCUAUCUUGUUGGUGGAUGCUCGCUAUGCAUCUGGUUCUUCAAAGAGAAUCUUUCCUCAUCCUACUGAUAAGCUUCCGCAGUGGAUCAAAUGCCGCCUCAUUUCUGCAACUGGGACUUAUGGGGAUGUCCACAGACAACUGCAUCAGUUUUUCAGGCUUAAGAAGCCAAAAGGAUGACCAUUUACUUAUCAGAAGUAAAAUCUGCGAUUUUUUUUGUAAGAUAUCAGUAUAUACAUUCUACAUGUCAAGUUAUAUGUAAAACUUUAGUCAUCUAGAGAUUAAACAAAUUUGCAUUUUAUUACUUGUAAAAGAUAAGUAGUGUUCCGACUAUAUCAUUACAUUUUUAUCGAAUUAUUCGAGAUUAACUGUUAAACCAUUCUUUUGGUCAUCUACUAA